AUGAUGCCUGGAGGCUUAUCUGAGACCAAGACUGCUACUCCAGAAGUCCAGCAUAUUGUUAACCAGGUGAAGCCACAAUUUGAAAGCAGGGAAAACAGGACAUUUCGUAUCUUCAAAGCCAUAGUAUAUAAGACUCAGGUGGUUGCUGGCAUCAACUAUUUCAUUAAGGUCCAAGUUUCCGAUGAUGAUUAUGUCCACUUAAAGGUGUUUCAGGGCCUUUCUCAUGAGAACCAAGGUCCUAACCUUGACGGUUUUCAGACUGGCAAAACCAGAGAUGAUCCUCUGACCUACUUCUGAGAGACGAUGAGGAAUUGGUGCCUCACUUGUAUGGGAGCUCUGCCUGUGUCAGUAAA